AGAAACCCUAAAAUCUCCCACGCAUUGGUCUAUUUUCAGUCGAGCGAUGCGCCAGGCGGUAAAUAGGACGGUAUGAAUCGCGCCCGCCAGGAAUUCCAUCCGAUUGCCCUAGAAUGCAGCAGGCAUGUGGCGCUGGCCUAGAAUCUGGGGCUGCCGCGUAGCGAUUGGAUUAUCAUGCUGUCUUGGGGAUUGCUACUCGAUCGCCUCGACGUCGGCGGUAGUUUCAUCCUUGCUGCUGCGCCCGGCCCCGACGAUGCCGUGACGUCGAUUCAUACGUGGGCUGUUAUCGUUGCCGGGAUUUUUGUUCUUAUCGCGCUCACGUUGUCCACGUUUCUCAUCUUCGAGCAUCUCACAUCGUACAACAAGCCCGAGGAACAAAAAUGGCUGGUUGGGAUCAUUUUCAUGGUUCCUGUCUACUCCGUUGAAUCGCUGGUGUCGCUGUGGAAUAACGAGCUAUCACUCGUGUGUGACAUCCUUCGGAAUUGCUAUGAAGCGUUUGCACUGUAUUCUUUCGGCUGCUACCUUAUUGCCUGCUUGGGUAACUUUUCUCGCUCCGAGACUCGCACGCAUAUAAAAUCUCUUUUUUUCUGCAUUGCAGGAGGCGAGGAUCGAGUCGUGGACAUGCUGGAAAGGCAAGCGAUAGCGGGUCCGAGAACACCUCUUCUUGUUCGAAGUCGGUCCUCCGGAAAAGCGGCUGUCAAGCAUCCUAUUCCAUUAAACUGUUGUUUGACGCCGUGGUCACUUGGGCAGGAUUUCUAUCACAUUGUGAAGUUCGGCAUAGUUCAAUAUAUGAUUUUGAAGACCACACUCUCGUUCCUAUCUCUGUUCUUAAACGUUUUCGAUGCUUAUGGAGAGGGGGAGUUCAAGUGGUAUUACGGAUAUCCAUACGUGACUGUGAUACUGAACUUCAGCCAGACAUGGGCACUGUAUUGUUUGGUUCAGUUCUAUGCCGUGACGAAAGAUGAGCUUCACCACAUCCAACCCCUCUCGAAGUUUAUCUGCUUUAAGGCGAUCGUCUUCGCAACCUGGUGGCAAGGUGUAGCGAUUGCAGUGCUCUUUGGUUCUGGUGCCGCGAAAGGUGUUGCUCCCGAAGGAGUUAAGCUGCAGUCCAGCUUGCAGGAUUUCAUAAUUUGUAUAGAGAUGGCUAUAGCUGCUGUUGCACACAUCUACUGUUUUCCAGCAAGGCCAUACCAACAAAUAAACGAGUUUGGGCAACGCUCAGUUGCUGUCCUCUCUGACUACGCCUCGAUGGACUCGCCGCUGGAUCCAGACGAGGUGAAGGAAAGCGAACGACGGUCCAUCCUCCGCUUCCUUCCCCCGGAGAUGGAGAACGUCGCCACGAGCUUGAAAGAAAGCGUGCAGGACGUUGUCAUGGUCGGAGGCGAACAGAUCGUUCACGACGUCAAGUUCACCGUCUCUCAAGCCGUGGAGCCGAUGGAGAAAGGCAUCAAUCGCUUGAACGAGACUCUCCACGACAAGUUCCACCAGUUGCCCGGGCAACUCCCGUGGCACGGUAGGCGCGGCGACGGCAAAGGGAGUAAGAGGCUUCACGCGUCCAAGGACGACGCUUGGAUCAGGCAAGGGCUAGGGGGAGCCGUGAGAGGAAUCGACGAUCCUUUGCUCAGCGGCAGCGUUAGUGACACCGGGCUCUUGAGAAAGAAGUUCAAGGACUCGGCCUCGUAUGGAAGUGGUGCUGAGAGCAGCGGCGAGAGCAGCGAUCAAGGCGGCGCUGGCUUCAAGACGGGCGGGCGGCGAUGGACGUUGAGGAGCUAGCGGCGGGGGAGAGAAGUUUUGGUUGCGGGAAGAACAAAACUUUCGAGGAAGAGCGGAAUGGUGUAAAAAUACCGUUAAAAUUUGUUCGUUCAAGCUAAACCCUCGCUUAGCCGGA